AUGAAAAUUAAAAAUUUUAUUUAUUUUUUAAUAUAUUUUAUAUUUUUAUUUAAAGUUAUAAAUGGACAAAAUAAAACAUGUAAAAUUUCAGUACUUUUAUCUGGUGAUAAAUCAGAUCUUGGUUAUAAUUAUAUGAUGAAUGAAGCAAGAGUUUUAGCCGAAAGUCAAUUACAUAUGUAUCCAUUUUCAAUUUAUUAUGAACAUUUGGAAGAAUCAACUUUAGAAGCUGAACAUGCUAUUCAAGAUUCAGUUGAUAAAGGUGCAAAUUUAAUAGUUGUUUCAUCAGUAAUUCAUUUUUCAUUGGGUGUAAAAUAUGCAACAAAGUAUAAGGAUGAACCAAUUUAUUGGAUUAUUAGAGGUAGUAAAUUAGUACCAACUUUACCAAAAGUUGUAAUUUUAAAUUUUAAUUCAUUCGAACUUCAUUAUCUUUUGGGUUAUUAUGCUGGUCUUGCAACAAAAACUGGUGUAGUUGGUUUCGUUUCACCAGGUAUUGGAAUUAAUACAUUAUCAUGUGAUAAUAGUUUUUAUAUUGGUGCUAAAUAUGCUAGAUCAAAUAUUACAUUCCUUGACAUUCAUACUGGUUCAUGGUAUAAUCCAGAAGUUUCUUAUAAAGCAGCUCAAAAAUUAAUUGAAAAUGGUGCAGAUGUAAUUGGUAUGUCUCAAGACGAUAUGUCCGUUCAAAAAGCUAUUAUGGAUUCCGGUGGUCUUGGUCUUGGUGUUACUGGUUAUCCUGGUCAUUAUCAAUUUGGUUCAGAUGUUGCUUAUAGUUAUUUAACCAAUUGGACAAAUCUUUUCAUCACUUAUGCAAACCACGUUAUCAAUGAUGAUUGGCCAGCAUUUGAUUCAUUUUUUACAAAUUUAUCAAGAAAAGAUGCAAUCUUUAUGGAUGAUUUUAGUUUUAGAGUACCAAUUGAUAUUCAAACAAAAACUAAAAUUGAAUUAGAAAAUUUAAUGAAUACUUCAUAUGCACCAUAUAAAUCUGAUCCAAUUCUUGAAUCAAUUGGUUUACAAUUUUCUGGUAAUUGGAUUAAUGAUACUCAAUUUAGAGCAAAUACUAAAAUUUUACCAUCAUAUGGUGAUUCAACUGUUGAUUAUCCAGAAUCAUUAAAAAUUGGUGUUACAGUUGUUUCAGGAUUUUGUAUAUUUUUAUGUUUAAUUUCAAUGAUAAUUGUUAUUAAAUUUAAAGAAGCAAAAGUUAUUAAAUCAUCAAGUCCAAUAUUUUGUUUAUUAAUUUUAUUUGGUUGUAUUGUAAUUUUUGUUGGGUGUAUAAUGUUUGCAAGAUCACCAACCGAUGGUAGUUGUCGUAGUAGAGUUUGGUUAUUAAGUUUGGGGUAUACAAUUUUCUUGGGUAAUUUAAUGGUAAAGAAUUGGAGAAUUUGGUUAUUAUUUGAUAAUCCAAAAUUAAAGAAACGUGCAAUUACAAAUUGGAAAUUAUAUCCAUGGGUAAGUGGUAUUGUUAUAAUUGAUAUUGUAAUUCUCUCAAUUUGGCAAGCAUUGGGUGAUAUUGUAGCUGAAUCUAGAACUGGUAUUGACUCAUUAACAAAAUAUGAAUAUAGAAAUGUUUGUGCAUCAAGUGAUCAAGGUUCAAUUGCACUUUAUUUGCUAUUGGUAUUCCAUGGUUUAAUUCUAUUGGUUGCAUGUUUUAUUUCAUUUAAAAUUAAAGUUGUCGAUAUUGAAGAAUUUAAUGAAUCAAAACCAAUUACUACCAGUGUUUAUAUUAUCACAUUUUGUUUAUUCAUUGUAAUUCCAAUUAUGGUUUCGUCACCAACCGUUACAACUCAAACUACAAUCAUUUGUAUUUGUGCUUUAAUUACAACAAUGUUAAGUAUCAUUCUAUUGUUUGGUACUAAAUUCUUUAAAAUGAUAACAGUUGGUUUAGAACUUGGUCAAACUUUUGUAACAAGUACAAAAUCUUCAUCACAUUCUCAAAGAACAAAAUCUUCCAAAUCUUCAAAUGGUUCUGGUCCAAAAAUUAAUGGUUUCGGUGGUAAUGUUUUAAAUCUUGAUGAUGAUUCCGAUGAAAUAUCUUCUGAAAAAGAAAAAAAGAAACCAAUUGAAUCAAAUCCAAAAGAUCAUAUGGCUGUUUUUACAAGUGAUGAAGAAACAAGUAAAGCAAGUAAAUUUAGUUCUGAACAAUUUAGUAGAGAACAAAUAAAUGAUAAUAUUAUUCUUGAAAAUAAUAAUGAUAAUGAAGAAAAACAAAAAGAUGAAGAAGAAAUAAAAGAAGAAAAACUUUUAGUAUCAGAAAUUCAAGCAAAGAGAUUAUCACUUGAACAAAAUGGUCAAACUGAAAUUGAUUCGAAUGAUGUUUAA